AUGGAUUCUCAUUUGAACAUUCCAACUGUUGAUAUAAGUCGUGUGAGGAAAUAUUCUUUGGCUGAUUUGGAUACUAUUGACUUUUCCACAUCUGAUGAUUUAGCAAUUGUUGUGGAAAAUUUAAGAAACAUUAUAUCAUUGGAGUUGAAUAUAGAAAAUUUCUGGAAUGAAGAAAAUGAACAGCUUUUGUGGCAAUUUGUUAUUGAUCCAGAAUCACUUAUUUUAAGCUGUUAUUUUUCUGAUGAUAAAUUAUUUGUUACCUGUGACGUUCCUAGGGUAAAUGUAACAGAGUUAUUUUGGAUCAUUAAAGCCUUCCCUGAAAAACUUUAUUCAUCUGAUUAUAACACCAAGUUAUUAUUUGGAACUGUCAAAGCACCUAUAUUUGAAAGUUUAUAUUCUUUGUUCUCACAUUUAUAUGCUCCUGUGUUUUUCAAAAGUCAAGAUUGGUCAAAAUGUAUUCAAACAGAUUAUCAAAAUUCUUUAACAGAAUUCUUGUCUGAGCUUUUCCAUAUGAAUAAUGAACUUUUUGGCAAAGUUAUAUUUUAUGUUCCUGAACAAGUGUUGCACAAAGAUAUUAUCACAAUCCUUGAUAAUAAAGAACUUCUAAAUCAAGUAGAAAAAGCUGUUAUGCAGUGGAUAUGGAUAUUUGUAACUGUUUUGAUGAAACGGAAUUCUGAUACCGCAGAAAACAGGGGACCUUUAGAAGAAAUUGAAUUUUGGGAAUUAAAGCACUCUGAUCUGAAAAAUAUAUUGUCUCAACUUGAUCGUGAUGAUGUGAAAUUAUGCAUUGAGGCACUAAAAUCAGCAAACUUAGCCUCAUACUACAAGUUUAUUGAACUUAAAGAUAAUUUGUUGGUUGAGUUUAAUAUUGCUGUAAGCAAUAUCAAAUUUUUAUCUCUUUUGAAAGAUACUUGUGUACUUCUACGAGAGUCUGCAAUGACUGAUAUUCCUAGUAUUCUCCCAAAAUUACUGGAUUUGACAAGAAUUAUUUGGAACAACUCUUCAUAUUAUAAAGACACUAUAAUGUCGAACUUACUUGGAAAGGUUAAUAACUUUGUUAUAACAGUCAUAUCAUGUCAUGUUCCUCUUGAAGAAAUAUUUCUCAGUGUGCAUGUUACUGAUCUCAAGAACAAAUUAAUUAAUGUUAUUUCAUGCUGCAAAUCUUGGUUGGAAAUUUUUGAUUAUUCUGAGAAAGUACAUAAGAAGUUUGCACCAUCUACUUGGUCUGUUGAACCAAUUUCACCCCUAGUAAAUCUUUUCAUACAUCGUUGUGAAGAAUUCAUUGAAAUUUGUAACUACAAAGAGGAUUUUCAUUGCGAUGCAGUGCUGGAAAGAUAUGCUCAAGGUCUUAAGUGCUUUGAAAUUGUUGAACACUUUCAGAAAAUUGAAUUAAAGUUUCAAACAUUGCUGGCUGAUUUAUCUCAGAGUACGCCUGUUGCAUUAAAUGUUAAUAAAGCAGAAUGGUAUGAUUAUUUUAAAAAAUUUAAAGUAGAUAUUUCGGAAUUAUAUGUUGCGGUAUCAAAACUGAUGUCAAACAAAUUUGAAAAUUUAAAUUCUAUUGAAGAAGGAAUUCAAAUCUUAUCGCUGUUUCAAAAGUUCUUUGAAAAGCAGGUAGUCAGGCAUGAACUAAGGAGAUGUGUAAAAUAUCUCUAUGAAUUAUUCUUCAAAGAGGUGAAUUCUGUGAAAAAGCAGUUGAUUGAUUUAGAUGAAUCAAGUGAUCUACUUUAUCCCUCAUUUGGUGGACGAGCAUUUUAUGCAUCGAUUCUUCCUCAAAGAAUAAAACAACUAUAUAAGAUUAUAAAUGAUUCCAAAAGUAUAUGGCCUCUGGAGUAUAAUGAAGAAGUAGAAGAGUUUUAUGAGCAAGCAUUAGGAUCUAUUGAGGAAUACAAGCAUACACUGUUUUCACAAUGGUGUAAAACUAUCCCAAAAGAACCUUAUGCAUGGUUAAGUGACCUUAUCAUUAUUAAGAAAGAAAACUCUGAGUUCUUUUACAUUAAUCUGAACAAAGAUGUCUUAAACACAAUAUAUGAAUUAUUUUAUUGGAAUAAAGCUAGAGUUGAAAUACCUCAGUCAAUAAUUCAUCUUCAUCAGAAAAGUGACAUAUUUUUAAAAAGGAUUUUUAGAAUGGUGGAAUGUGUUAGAAGCUAUAACAGGAUAGUAAGUUCAUUAUCUUCAGAUGAAAAGAUGUAUUUUAGAAAUGUAUUGUUAUCUUUAGAAGAAGAUGUUAAGCCAGCCAUUAUUGGUUUGAAUUGGUCUGCUCCUCAAUCAAAAGCUAUAGAAGCUCUAAAACUGUUUACAAAUCGAGUCAAAUUGGUGAGUUGA